GUGCAGAAUUUACACGUGAGCGAUUUGCUGAUAAAUGUAAAUGAUUGUAUAUAUACAAUUAAGAAAAAAAUGUGUGAUUUAGAAACAGGCGAAAUCGAUUACGAUAUUGAGACUGGUGAACGAUAUCCACAUAAACGACCAAAUGUUUAUGUAUAUCGACAUCCAACAAAUCGAAGAAACAGUCAUCGAUUUAAAAUACCGCCAAAUAUAAUAACAAAAAAUAAAGAGAUUUUCGACGAUGAUGAAUUUCGAUCAAAACAUUUACCAUUUAAUAGCGAUAUUAGCCCAAUAGUAUUAUUCUUAUUACCAACACUAUUUGUAUAUCCAGCUUUAACAUUAAUAUUAGCCGUGGUCGAAAUUACUAUACAUAUGUGGGCACAUCGUAAAAAUAAAACAUUAAAUGAUCCAAAAUACUAUUUUCGUAGCCCGUUACAUUCAUGUGUUAGUGUGUAUUGUGCAAGAUGUAAAGAGGAUAAUUAUAUGUCCACAAUUGGUAAAUUACAGGAUAAACGUACCAUGCAAUAUGACUGUUUUAAGCAUUUAGUUUCUUAGAGAUGUUUUCGUUUCAUUUAGUCACAUGCUAGCUAGCCUAACACCAAUAGGGUACUUUCGGUAAUGAAAAAUAAAUUAUGAAAUUUGAAAAAAGUUAAAAUUUAUGUAAAAAUUUACUUAAAUAUUAUUUCGAGUCAUAAAAGCACAUUUU